AUGAAUUCACCAAUUUACCCUUCAUUUAUUGAACGUACUUUCAAAAGUUUUACAAUUGAAAAUAAUCCUGGAAUUCGUUAUUUAAAACAUCCAACAGGAGUGAUUAUUUUAACAUUAAAUUCUGAUCACGAAUUAAUUAAAAGAAAAGAAGAAACAAAAAUUGUUUCAAUUAGUUGGAAUAUUUGUGGAAAGAAAAAGAAUGGUGGAGGAUUGGAUAGAAGUAAAAUGGAAGUUAAUGGAAAAGGGAAAAAGGGUGGUCUUCAAUUAAUGCCUGAUACUAGAAUUUGUAUUGUAAAUGAUUCUAAUGGUCGAGAGCAUACAAUUCGUGCCGGACUUAAAGCUACAUUGUUGGAAGUAAAUAGUGAACGGUUAGCAAUAAAUCCAAAUUUAAUUAUUGAUGCAUCAGACAAUCACGGAUUUAUUGCUAUUUUAAUUGUGACAAAUAAUUGA